AAAAGGCCAGAAGGAUUAAAGGUGCCAAUUCGCUUUUUGAUUUAGGCGAUGAAAGAGUUUCAAAAGAUGAUAAGGAAGAGUUAUUGAGGAUCUUGGGAGACAAUCGUUAUUAUUCCCCUGAAGAUUCG